AUGCAGCCAAACGUGCGGCGUGUCAAAACUCGAAUCACCAUCUACGCAGCAGCGCUCUCUCAAGUCACGUACCUCGGUCGUGUGCUCAGUCGACACCUCUCUCCUCUCCUCUCUGAUUCCAUCACACCCUCUUCGUCCAUCGUCUUCAUCAUCUCUAUUGUCGUCUCUAUCGCCCUAUCGCACCAUCGCAUUCGACAAAUCGAACCCUCAUCAAUUUGA